AUGAACUUUAUUAAAUUACGUUUAAUUAGUCCUUUCUUCUGGCUGAGAAAUCGUAUACUGCGCACAAUAAUUUUUAUAGUUAUCCUUGAAUUAUUAGUUUAUCAACUUUUGAAUUCAAAUUAUCAUAUCAAUCGUCAAAUCAAAAUUCAAUAUGAAUUUAAUAACAUUAUCGAAACUACACAAGAAAAAGUUAUCAGGGAAAAACGUCGUGAUUCUAUUAAAAAUGGGUUUCUUCAUGCUUGGCGUGGUUAUUCCAAAUAUGCAUGGGGAUACGAUGAACUAUGUCCAGUUAGCAAUACAAGUAGAAAUAAAUUUAAUGGAUGGGGAGCCACAAUUAUUGAUUCUUUAGAUACUUUAUGGAUAAUGGAUUUAAAGGAUGAAUUUAAUAAAUCUCGGGAAUUUGUAAAAACAUUGAAUUUUACCAGUAGUGAUUAUCAAUCAAACGUAUUUGAAACUGUAAUUAGAUAUUUGGGCGGAUUAUUGAGUUCUUUUGAGUUAUCAGGAGAACCAAUUUUUUUAGAGAAAGCAAAAGAAUUAGGAGAAGCUUUAUUACCUUCCUUUGAUACUCCUACCAGAUUACCUUAUAAUUUUGUACAUUUGAAUCCGGAUAAAAGAAUUGAUAAACCUCCUAAUGGAGGUGGUUUUUUGGCCGAAGUGGGAUCUUCUUGUUUGGAAUUUACGAAAUUAGCAAAGUUAACAGGUGAAGAUGAAUAUUUUUAUAUAGUUAAUAAUAUUACAAAUACUAUUUUCAAUGCAAAAAAACCGAUUCCGGGAUUAUUUCCAUCGAGAAUUAAUCAAAAGCAAGUGUCGUUUGGAGCCAUGGGAGAUAGUUUUUUUGAGUAUCUUCUUAAAGAACAUAUACUAUUGAGUGGAUCAUCUGAUCAAUACCGAAAUAUGUAUAUCGAAUCUAUCGAAGGCAUGUAUAAAUAUCUAAUCAAGCCAAGUCCAGUAAAAGAACGUCCAGAUCUAUUAUUUCUCGGGGAAUUACAAUUUUAUGAUGAAUUUAUUGGAAAAAUGGGACAUUUGUCAUGUUUUGUUCCUGGAAUGUUAGCUAUGGGAUCAAAAGUUUUUGAUCGACCAGAAGACCUUAAAAUUGCAAAAAGGUUAGUCGAAACAUGUUAUUGGUCAUAUGGAAUAACGAAGACAGGAAUUGCAGCUGAGGAACUUUGGUUUAAGAUUGUAGAGAAAUAUUAUCAUGAAGAAGAAAAAAAUGAAGACAACUUUAAUUCUGAUCUUCCAGAUGGGAUUGAUCAAUUGUCACCAAGAUAUUAUAUAUUAAGACCUGAAACUAUUGAGAGUCUCUUUAUAUUGUAUAGAAUAACAGGUGACAAGCAAUAUCAAGAGAAAGAAAAAUGGUGCAAAACACCUUCAGGAUAUUCAGGAUUGUUUAAUGUGAAUACCAAAGAAGUCAUUCAAAAUGAUAGUAUGGAAAGUUUCUUCUUGGCAGAAACAUUAAAAUAUCUGUACUUAUUAUUUAGUCCACCAGAUUUGAUAUCGUUAGACACUUAUGUUUUUAAUACUGAAGCACACCCAAUAAGAAGAAUAGUAUAUUUCUUGAACUCUGGUGUUAUCACAUAUGCUAAAAGUUUAGCUAAUGAAGGUGAAGGUUAUGGUGUUCAAUAUGUAUAUCACAAAGGACAAUACUAUGAUUCCUAUGCCAAGGGCAUGAAUUAUGUCAAGUUUCAUUGUGCAUUUGAUAAUAAGACGAAGGCACUUGAGUUUGCAAGCGAGUUAAGUGAUGGAAAGGAUAGUAAAGCAGAAUAUGUAUGUCAUAGUGGAAAACUUUUCGAUCAAAAAGCUAAUGAUGGCAGUUAUGGAAGAAUUGCAGAAUAA